UUAUUUUUGAAUUUUAGUAGGUGGGGUUAGGUUCUUGUUCAAUAAAAUUUGAUCUUUAACUUGUCCUUUCUUUCUUGGUUAGUCACAGUUAAGGCCAUUUGAUCAACUCGUAGUUUCAUUUUUGAACUUUAGUAGGUGGGGGGUUGUUCUUGUUCAAUAAAAAUUUGAUCUUUAUAGUAAAGUUCAUUUGGUCAAAUUAGUUUCUUGGUUUCAUUUUUGAAGGUGGGGGGGUUAUGUUCUUGAUCAAUAAAAAUUUGAAGUUUACUUAGUUAAGGUCAUUUGAUCAACCAAGAAAAGUGGGGUUAUGUGAUUUGUUCAUUGGGAAAAAAAAAUGAAGCUAUUAGUAAGAGUUAUUGAGGCAAGGAACAUACCAGCUAUGGAUCCUAAUGGAUUCAGUGAUCCAUAUGUGAAAUUGUCAUUGGGGAGGCAGAAGUUUAGGAGUAAAGUUGUGAAGAAAUGUUUAAAUCCAUCAUGGUGUGAGGAAUUUGCUUUUAAAGUAGAUGAUUUGAAGGAGGAGCUUAUUAUUUCUGUUUUGGAUGAAGAUAAAUAUUUCAAUGAUGAUUUUGUUGGACAAAUUAAAUUUCCAGUUUCUCAGGUUUUCGAAACCAAUGAUAAGUCCCUUGGCACUGCUUGGUAUACUUUGCAUCCCAAGCAUAAGAAGGGUAAAACCAAGGAUUGUGGUCAAAUUCUGCUCACAAUAUGUUUCUCGCAAGGCAAUACAUUGGCGGACUUGCAGUCACUUGGUGAUCACGGAUCGAAGAAGUUGUCGUCUGAUGUGGUAACUGAAUCUCCUUUGUUGUCUUCCAAUGCCCCGUUGAGAUCAUCUUCUCCUCUGAGAUCUGAAGAAGCAGCCUCUUCAAAGGAGGAAAAGCAUCCUGCGCAGACCUUUGCUGGUCGACUUGCUCAAAUUUUCAACAAGAAUGGGGAUGCAGUAUCCACAACUAACGCGAAAGCUCCAGAUGUAACAGUGCCAACUGAAACUGCAAGUACAGCUAUUUCUGAGAAUGCACAAGAGGAACAGUCUACAUCGGGAAACUUUCAAGAACUAUUGAAAAGCAUGGAGACAAGAGAACAACCAAGCGAAGUUUCAAACCUUCCUGGAGUAGUAGUAGAUCAAUUGUAUGCUAUUGCCCCUCAUGAAUUGAAUUCAUUCCUUUUUUCACCAGAUUCAACCUUCUUUAAAUCCUUAGCAGAUGCUCAGGGAUCCACGGAUGUUCGAGUUGGACCUUGGAAACUUGAAAAUGGCGGUGAGAGUUUAAAAAGAGUGGUCACUUUUAUUAAAGCUGCAAGUAGAUUGGUCAGGGCCUUAAAAACUACGGAGGACCAGACGUAUAUUAAAGCCGACGGGAAGUCUUUUGCCGUUUUAGUUAUUGUGAGUACCCCAGAUGCUCCAUAUGGAAGCACUUUCAGGACGGAGUUGCUUUACAGCAUUACUCCUGGUCCUGAACUGCCUUCAGGAGAACAGUCGUCAAGGUUAGUGGUGUCAUGGCGCAUGAAUUUCUUGCAGAGCACUAUGAUGAAAGGUAUGAUAGAAAAUGGUGCACGGCAAGGUAUUAAAGAGAGCUUUGAUCAGUAUGCAAAUUUAUUAUCUCAGAACAUAAAGCCAGUUGACGCGAAGGACAUAGGUUCAGAGAAAGAACAAAUUUUGGCAUCUCUAGAAGUGGAGCACCAGUCCGAUUGGAAGCUGGCUGUCCAGUAUUUUGCUAACUUUACUGUAGUUUCCACCUUUUUCAUUGGGUUAUAUGUAUUUGUGCACGUCUUGUUGGCCAUGCCUAGCACAAUACAGGGGCUUGAGUUUGUUGGUCUUGACUUACCAGAUUCUAUUGGUGAGGUAAUUGUGUGUGGAGUGCUAGUACUUCAAGGAAAACGGGUGCUAGAGCUGAUAUCACGCUUCAUGCGGGCUAGGGUACAAAAAGGGAGUGACCACGGCAUCAAAGCACAAGGGAAUGGUUGGCUGUUGACCGUUGCCUUGAUCGAAGGAAACAACUUAGCAGCUGUCGACUCAAGCGGGUACUCCGACCCGUAUGUGGUGUUUACGUGCAAUGGAAAAAGUAGAACCAGUUCGAUCAAGUUCCAAAAGUCUAAUCCCAAAUGGAACGAAAUAUUUGAAUUUGAUGCAGUGGAUGAUCCACCAUCUGUUCUAGACGUAGAAGUGUUUGAUUUUGAUGGACCUUUCAGUGAAGCUACAUCUCUUGGGCAUGCCGAAAUCAAUUUUAUCAAAAGUAAUAUAUCGGAUCUGUCUGAUGUUUGGAUUCCUCUUCAAGGAAAGUUGGCUCAGGCAUGCCAGUCUAAGCUGCAUUUAAGAGUUUUCUUGAAUAAUACAAAGGGUAAGAACGUUGUCAAAGACUAUCUGUCUAAGAUGGAGAAGGAAGUCGGGAAGAAGAUAAAAUUACGAUCUCCUCAGACUAAUUCAGCAUUCCAAAAGCUUUUUGGGCUUCCACCUGAGGAAUUUCUCAUCAAUGAUUUUGCCUGUCACUUGAAACGCAAGAUGCCCCUCCAGGGACGUCUGUUUUUGUCUGCAAGAAUAAUCGGGUUCCAUUCUGAUCUAUUUGGGCAUAAGACCAAAUUUUUCCUUCUUUGGGAAGAUAUUGAAGACAUUCAAGUCGAAUCUCCUACUUUGGCAUCAAUGGGUAGCCCGAAUAUUAUCAUGACUCUAAAGCCAGGUAGAGGUUUUGAUGCAAGGCACGGUGCGAAGACUCAAGACAAGGAAGGCAGGCUGAAGUUUCAUUUCCACUCUUUUGUCUCUUUUAAUGUGGCUAACAGGACUAUCAUGGCAUUGUGGAAGGCAAGAGCUUUGAGUCCUGAGCAGAAGGUACGGAUAGUUGAAGAAGAAUCCGAAGCUAAAAAUAUUCAAAUGGCGGAAGAGGAUUCAAUGGCAGAAGCUGCAGAUGACGACUCUGAAGGCAAAAGCCUUCAUUCGGAAGAGAGUGGAUCAUUCAUGGGUGUGGACGAUAUAAAUAUGUCUAUCGUUUAUUCCUCUGUACUUUCAGUUCCAACGGAGUUCUUCAUGGAAGUAUUCGGUGGGGGUGAACUUGAUCGUAAGGUCAUGGAAAGAGUCGGUUGUCUUAAUUAUUCUUAUAGUCCGUGGGAAGAAUCCGAGAAGCCUGAUGUGUACCAGAGGCAACUUUAUUAUAAAUUUGAUAAGUGUAUAUCCCGUUACCGAGGUGAGGUUACAAGCACGCAGCAGAGGUCUCGUCUUUCUGAUAAAAACGGUUGGCUUAUAGAAGAGGUCAUGACGCUUCAUGGAAUUCCACUUGGUGAUUUUUUCAACCUUCGUCUGGCAUACCAGGUUGAAAACGUCCCCUCAAAAUCGACAAGAUGCAACGUUCAAGUACAACUAGGAAUCGCUUGGUUGAAAUACUCAAGACAUCAGAAAAGGAUCACGAAAAACAUAGUUUCUAAUCUGCAAGAACGCCUAUUAGUCAUGUGUAGCGGACUUGAGAAGGAAUAUCUCUCGAAAUCUGAUCCCCUCGUGAUCUAGGAGGUUCAUUUGCGUUUGCAGAACUUCGAUCCUCAUACACCAAAUGUCCGUUGAAGCAAUGUUGUUGUCGCUGUCGUGUUGUUCUUGAAUAUCACUAAACAAGUGAUUGGAAGAAGCAAAAUGUGUAAAAACUUACACUAUGGAGCUCAUUGUAUGGUCGAAGAGAUCAAGAAUACGCGGUCAACACUCCCACUCGCAACAUUUGUAUACGUGUUUGAACUUUUUGUGUACUACCGAUCUCAACUAGUCUGGGAUCGAGGUGGUGUUGUUGUACGACGUCGUACAUUCGAGUAGAUUCACAUCCAUAAUUUAUUUUUUUUUGACAUGAAAAUACUUUGAUUACUUCAAAAGAUGAGUGGAAAUUUUUGGUAUGUACAUAAGGUACCCUAUUCUAGGAUUUGAUGAUUAGUUCUUUUGGAAAUCCAAUGUAUUUGUGUUCAUUUAGCCAAGUGAAAAAUGAAAACCAUUCAUGAUAA